AUGUCAUUAAGAGUACCUUCCAAUCGUCAACAGCGCUUAAGUGGUGAGACAAGAAAUGUUGAUACGGGAAAUAUUAACAAUUCCCAAGACAUUUCAAGGAAGAGACAACUUGAAAAGGACGAAAGAAUAAGAAAGAAAGUUGAACAUGAUCUUACAAGAACAAAUAAACUUUAUGGAAAGAGAACGCUUGAUAAAAUACCAAAGACUGCUGGUUCGGUUGGAAGCUUGAGACCUUCUCCUGCAAUAACCUUACUAGGAACGGCCACUGUGAUGGACGCUGCACGUUUUAUGGCUGUAAGCAGAGCCACAGCAGUGCUUGUCGUAGAUGAAUUAGAAAAGUUGAUAGGAAUUGUUACUGAUAAAGACCUGGCGUUCAGGGUUUGUGCUGAAGGUCUUAAUCCUAAUGCUACAUCCCUCGCGGAUAUAAUGACUAAGAAUCCAGAUUGUAUUACAACAUCCUCUAAUGCUUCUGAAGCUUUAAACCGUAUGGUUUCAGAUGAUUCUGAUGAAAUCAUUGGACUUCUUGAUAUUACUGAAUGUUUAUUUCAUGCUCUUGCAAGGCUUGAAAAAGCUCACGCCUCAACAAAACAAUUAUUUGCUGUUUUAGAUGAUGUUUCAGAUAUAAAUGCUUUGAACAAAGCUGAUUUUACAACCAUGGCUGCUCUUAUAAAACAACAUCUAUGUUUUCCUCGACUAAGUUCUAUUAUUGAUCCCUCAAGAUCACCGCCAGAAGUUUCGAUUAAAACGAAUGUACGAGAUGCCGCACGAAUUAUGAAAGAACAUCAUCAAACGGCAGUCUUGGUUGUCGAUGAUAGUACUAAUAAUCAUAAAACAGUGGGUAUUUUUACAACAAAGGAUAUAGUACUUAGAAUCUAUGGUCAAAGCGUUGAGCCAAAUAACACAUCAACCGUAAGAAUAAUGACUCCUUGCCCUGAUAUGGUAACAACUGAUACCACAAUCCUGCAAGCCCUUCGUCAAAUGCAAGUCAAUGGUAAAAAGAUCAUUGUUGGAAUGGUUGAUAUUUUACAGCUUACUUAUUCCACGUUAAAUACUUUGAAAACAUUAAAUGGUGAACAAGUGGAAAGCGGACCAGUAUGGAAUAAGUUUUGGAAUACAUUAACAACAGAAGAACCUAAGUCAGAUGAUUCAUCAGAACCUAUGAAUGAAACUUUUCUGUCGACAAAUUCUAUAGAGCGCCCAAUAAUAAAACAAAGACCUAAUUCCACAAUUUUAACACCUCCUUCAUCGGAAAGUCUUUACUCAUCACGGAGGGAUUCCCGUAUUUUCAGCAAUUAUAGCAAGCUCGAUGAUGGUCAAUAUAUAUAUAAGUGUAAACUUGAAGGAUCUGACCAGUCUCAUCGAUUCACGUCUGAUACUCAAAACUUCGCUAAAUUAAGAAAAUUAAUUCG